UUUACAAACGAACACGCACGGUACGUGUAUGUAAGCCUUGUAGUGGAUCCUCUAGGACAGCGACUCUACCCGAACUAUAGCCCCGAGAAUGUAAGACUAAGCGUUGGCAUAUUCUGCUGUCCACGUUCAGAGGACUUUGAGGUCAAGAAGGCUAGAGAAGCCAAGCAAGAAACAACAGCAACAAGAUACGCUGGCGGUUUAGCGCGAGGCUGCUUCGAAUGA